AAUAAAAAAAUACAAGAACAGAAACAGAAACAGUUGCCCAUAUUUGACCCUUUUGGUGCUAUGUGAUAAAUCACCCAGCUCAAAGCCCCGAUUAGUUUAUUAUUCAUCAAAAUUUUCAAUUUUAUAAAAACACUUUCUCUCUCUCUCUCUCUCUCUCAAUCUUUCUUUGUUGCAUAUGUAGAAGAGCUGUUUUUGUGUGAAAAGUCAGCGUCUCUCUCUCUCUCUCUGCGCUUUUCUCUCCAAAACCAUUUUCUAAUCUCCAUCACUUUGUUUUUGUGGUUUUGUUAAAACAUAACAUCAUCUUCAAAACCUGUUUGUUUGCUUUCCUGCUUCCUAAACAACCCCAAAACCCCCCAUCUCCCCAGAAGAUUACCCUUUUUUUUUUUGUUAAAAAAAAAAAAAAUUUUCCUUCUGCUCCAUUCCCAUAUAAGCUCCAAAUCCAAGCAAAUCCCUUUUUUAAAAUUAACAAAAAUCAAAGAAAAUUGCAUGCCUUUAUCACGUCUAUUUUUCUUCUUUUUUUGGGUUUUUGCAAAGUUAAAGCUAAAGCUAUAGUCUUCAAAUGAUACUGCUUCUUCUUUUUCUCUCAUACAUGUUACUUUUUUCAUAAAAAAAAAAAAAAGUAUGUGCAGCUUGUAUUCUUUGCUGAGGAUGGAGAAUUACCAAGGCGAUUUAACCGACAUAGUAAGAGCUAGCGCUACCGGAGCUUAUGGCGUAUCUGAACCACCCAUUUCAUCAUCAUCAUCAUCAUCAGACUGGCAAUUCCCUUCAUCUUCUUCUUCUUCUUAUCCAAUCAAUUUCUCAUCAUCUUCCAUGGAAGAUCAACACAGAGACAAUUAUUUCGGCGAUCCAUUUUCGCAUAUGCGCGAUCCGCUUCUUCACGAGCUCUACUUGCCGGGUACUGGGUUUUUCAGCAGUCCAAGUUCUUCAGAAAUGAUCAGUAGCUCCGGUGUCGUCGUUGACGAAACAGGUAGUUGUACCUUUGGUGGUGCUUGUGCUUCCGGUACUGGUUCUGGUUCUGGUAUGCUUGCUCAAAGUAUUGUUGACGACGAUAUGAAAAGGCCGGCCGCUGCAGUCGCCGCCUCCUCGAAUAUAUUCUCCCGUAUGCUUCAGAUCUCUCCGAGUGCAAAGUUGCCAGCUUCCCAAUGCGAAUCUCCCGCGGCGGCGACUGCUGCAGCCAUGGCUGCUGCUGCUGCUGCUUCUUCUCCAAGAGCAAUUAAUGUUAACAGCUCCAAAGGUGGUUGCUUAGUUGAGAACACUGGGGUGCAGAUCUCAUCUCCACGGAAUCCGGGUAUCAAAAGAAGGAAGAGUCAGGCAAAGCAAGUGGUUUGCAUUCCGGCGCCCGCGGCACCAAACAGCAGACCGAGUGGGGAAGUGGUGCCAUCGGAUCUGUGGGCAUGGAGAAAGUACGGUCAAAAACCCAUCAAAGGUUCUCCUUAUCCAAGGGGCUACUACAGAUGCAGCAGCUCAAAGGGCUGUUCGGCAAGAAAACAGGUGGAACGGAGCCGGGCUGAUCCAAACAUGUUGGUGAUCACCUACACAUCCGAGCACAACCAUCCAUGGCCAACACAGAGAAAUGCUCUUGCAGGCUCAACACGUUCGCAACCAUCGAAGAACAAUGCAUCUUCAAAGAGCUCUCCAACCACAGCUGGUUCUCAUCAGCUUCAGAAAACAAGUACUACUAGUCCAAAGGAAGAACAAAGAGACAAUAUCAAUGAGAAUAAUAAUAAUAAUGCAUCUCCAAUUGUCACAGCUGGUAGUAAUUCAACAACAAGUGCAUCAAUCAAGGAAGAGAUCGAAGAUAUGGAGAAGCAAUUGGAAAUGGUUGAUGAUGGAGAAUUCAGCACUGAUCAUCAUCAUCAAGGUUUUCCCUAUAGACCAUCAAUGCCGCCGGAUUCAAAUCAUUCUGAUCAGGAUUUCUUUGCUGAUUUAGGAGAAAUAGAGGCUGACCCUCUAAACCUUUUGUUCAGCCAAGCCUUUGGAGCUGAUCAUGAGCAGAAAGGAAGUAAAGGUUUGGAUCCUUUCAAUCUGUUUGAUUGGUCUGCAGACAACAAUAACAAGAACAAUAACAACAACAACAGCAGCAACUCGGCUUUUGGUGAAGCUAAGAGAGGUUUAUAACAAAAGAAACUUAUUGAAAAAGCAAUGAAUUUGAUCAUCAUCAACUCCUUCGUCUUCAACAAACACUACAAGAGACACUGUCUUUUUAAAGAUAGUUUUUGUGGUGCAAUAGUUUCUUUAUAUUUCAGGGUCAUCACCAUGGAUAGAGUCAGUAUGGGUUUUAUUUUUUUAUUUUUUGCAUGUGGAAAGAGAGAUUUUUUUCUAGUUUACUAUAGUUUGUAUUUCUUGUUAUUUACCAGAACAGUGAGAGAGGGAGAGAGGGCGAUUAGGAAGAAGAAGAAGAGGAUCAAAGAGAGAGAGAGAGAGAGAGAGAGAG